AGAGAGAGAGAGAGAGAGGGGGAAUGGCAUCACCGGCUAACGUGAUGCUUGCGAUCCAGGAGAAGAAACCCUGCAGCACCGUCGAUCUCUACCACCCCCUCCGCCAAUACGUCGCCAACCACUACUCAGAGCGGGAAGCAGAAUCCCUCGAGGGCGACUUCCAAUUCCUCCAACAGUUGCGCUCUGAAGUCGAGAACCCUCCUGAUGGAUCGCCGGAGCGCCGCCGCGAUUAUCUCCAAUCAUACUUCCGCGCUCUCUGCCUUGUCGAGUCCCGUUUCCCUAUAUCCUCCGAUCCUUCCCAUAUUAACUCAGUCUCCUUUGCUUGGUUCGACGCGUUUCGCCCUUCGAGGAAGGCUGUACAGACUAGCCUUCACCUCGAAAAGGCUGCUGUCCUGUUCAACCUUGGCGCUGUUCAGAGCCAGGUAGCCGUAGCCGCCGAUCGAGCGUUGGCAACUGGAAUUAAGGUCGCUUGUAGUUCUUUCCAGGCUGCGGCCGGGACUUUCGCGUUUCUUAAAGAUAAUGUUUCUGUUAAGGCUGUAAUUGGACCUGGGGGUUCCGCGGUCGAUAUGUCUACAGAAUGCGCGGGGAUGCUCGAGAGAUUGAUGCUUGCACAAGCGCAAGAGUGUUUCUUUGAGAAGGUUAUUACCGAUUCGAAGUCCCCGGGUCUCUGCUCUAAGAUUGCGAGGCAGGUUGGCCUGUACUAUGAGGAGGCUCACAAAGCACUAGCUGCUCCUCCACUAAGUACACAUUUUGAACGGACAUGGAUCUCUCAUGUGCAAUUGAAGGCAGCACAGUAUCAUGCAGAGGCUUGUUAUAGAUAUGCAUUGGAGUUGCAUGACAAAGAAAACAUUCCAGAGGAGAUUGCAAGGCUUAAGGUUGGUUUGAGUGCUCUUGCUGAUGCCAAAAAAUCUUGCAAGGGUGUUGUUGCAGCUCUUCUGGAUACUGUCUCCAAAUUAGAAAGCAAGAUGAAUGUUAGCCUUGAAAGGGCUGUGAAAGAGAAUGAUAGGGUUUAUCUCAUGCGGGUACCUGCUUCCAAUUCCUUAUCUACUCUACCUGCAGCCUCUCUUGUCAAAUCCACACAUAUUGGUGAAGUUCUUGAUGCCAGCAAGGAUAGAUUGUUUGCGAGUCUGGUCCCCGACUCUAGCGCAAAGGCACUAUCUAGGUACACCGAGAUGGUAGAUGAUGUCAUUCGCACACAAGCGGAGAAGUUACAGCAAGGAAGUGAGAUCACGAGGAUUAAACUCAAGGAAAUGGGCUUACCGGAUUAUAUACUAGCACUUGAAGGGAGCUUGACCUUGCCUCUUGAUCUUAAAGAAGAUGUUGAGGCUGUGCAGGUCAGUGGUGGACCAUCUGGUUUGGAAGAUGUGUUGCAGCAGUUGAGGGAUUUGCGAAGGGUUAAUCAAGAACUUAUUGUACAAACUGAAGGACUGUUGCAGAAGGAGGCAGCAGACGAUGCUCAGUUCCGAUUUCAGUUUGGAUCACGCUGGACAAGGCCUCAGUCGAGCACCCUGACAAAGAACUUGCAAGAUAGAUUGAACAAGUUUGCUGGAAACCUUAAACAAGCUGCAGAUACUGAUGCAAGAAUUGAGCAUGCUUUAAGAGCACAUUCAGCACUUAUGACUGUUUUAAACCACUAUCCAGUAGAAUCUGUCCUUCCAAGCAUUGCAAGACCAAUAAUGUCUUUGGAUGGAAAUGAAGAUGCAAUUGUGGGAGCCCUCAAGCAAAGCUUGAGGCAGUUGGAAACGGUAGGUGCACAAAGGGCCAGCCUUGAGGACAUGCUUAAAGAGAUGAAAAGAAAGGAUGAUAUAUUACCCAAAUUGAUGGCUAGGACUGGGUCGCUGGAGGAGCUUUUCAGGAAUGAGAUAUCAAAAUAUGAUCAUAUUUGUGAAGAAAUUGGCAAAAAUAUGAAAGCUCAAGAACAAUUAUUGCUACAAAUUCAGGCACAAAAUGAUGAGUUCACUUCUGUGUUUAAUCUGGAAGAUUACAAAGUCAAUAGGGACAGGAGCUAUAAAAAGAUUGCUGCAGCUGUGGAAAAAUAUCGAGAAAUAAAGGAGAAUAUCAAUGAAGGAUUGAAAUUCUACAUCACUCUUCAGGAUGCCAUAACAAAUGUAAAGCAACAAUGCAGUGAUUUUGUGAUGACCAGAAACAUCCAAUGUAAAGAAAUGAUAGACGACGUGCAGAGGAAAGUAUCUGGGUUCAAUUUUUCUGGUGUCGUUAAGGCAGAUCGUUAUCCCCUUGUUGGAAAUCCCAGCCAGAAGAAAAGUAUACCUAAACCCACACAACCCCAAGUUCCUCAUACUUUUCAACCGGGCCACCCCUACAGCACACUUUAUCCUUAUCCUCCAGAACAAGGUAGCUUUCCUAAGCCACAAUAGAGGUAUUAUAUGUAUAUAUUUUCAUGGUCUUCUGAUUGUCUUAGCAGUUGAUUUCGCUGCCCUUCAAGCGAUUGUUGAUUCAAAAUGAUUUGAUUCCAAAUUAUAUAUAUACACUUAUACUUAGGCUUCGUUUGGGACAGUUUUUUUGUUGCUUUCUAAAACAACUUUUUAGUAUAAAUUUAGAAAGUUUUAUGCUAAGAAGUCAUUUUAGAAAGCAGUAUGAAAGUUGUUCCAAACGAAGCCUUAGUGUGCAUAACUUGGAUGAAUAGACUGUUAAACUUCAUGUCGUAGUUGUAUCUCCAGAUAAGAUCUGUACUGUAUAGUUUAUUGUUGAAUAGGCUGCAAACCGAAGCAAAAAGUUUUGGUAUGAUGUUGAUUUCUCCUUCUGUUCAGAGGCUU